AUGACCCCGCCAUUUUUCUGCGCCCUGUGCGGUGGUCCCUUCAUCUCCCUUUGGCUGUACCCCGUCAGCCCACGCAACCGCAAGGCACACUGGGAGUUCGUGCACAAGGAAGUGAUGCGUCGUCGCAAGAAAGCCAGAGCCUUCGAGCAGAAGGACAGCAGCAAGCCCUGGAGAGCAUGCUCCGUUUUGCCUGGGGAACUCAAAGUCGAUACAAGCCCUUAUGAAGGUAUAAUUUGUGAGACGAGGGAGCCUGAUGUUGACGACCUUAAGCACAUGCUUGACGCUCUGUUCCUCCCCUUGUACUAUGAAGUGGAGGCGUACCCGAAGCAAUACCGGCCUCCUCACGAGAAUUUGCCUCAGAACUGGCUGCACGAACCGCUGCAGUGUCUUGUUAUGGAUUUGGCGCUGGAGUCUGGUGAAGAAGGCGAUGUAGUUAAUGUCCUGCUCUGCUGCUACCAGUCCUGGCAUGGCCCAGGAACGGCCCCGGUUUAUCCCUUCCGCCCGCCAUGUUACCGCAUUCUGACUUGCGUCCUUUUCUUCCACGAACUCUCUGCCUGCUCCAGUGACACACUUGACGCCAUCAUGGAGCUACCCGUGACUGAUGGGUACGACAAGUGGCAGGAAUGGUGGUAUCGGCGCGACCCAGGCGGCAAUAAGAUCGACAAGGAAGCCCUUUACGACGUUUUUCUCCGUCUCGGCUCCUGGAAGAAUCGCCUGAGUCUUGAAUAUGUACACUAUCCACCCCCCUUCUUCAUCCCCUCCCUCAAGUAUCAUAUCCUCAACAACAUCAUCCCAUGUUUCCUUCUCCGCAACAAUAACAACCAACCGUCCUCCAUGAACCUCCAACCCCCAAUCGACCUCACCAAAGUAACCAGCGACCCCUUCUCCUCCCUCCCCUACCCCAUCCUCCACACCAUCCUCACCCUCCUGCCCCCCGACUCCAUCAUUGCCCUGCACAUCGCCUCCUCCCACGUCCUAGUCGACACGCAGCACAACAUCUGGUUGUGGAAACGCCUCCUCGUGCGUGGCAUGCCCUGGUUCUGGGAGCUGCAUCGGGCGCUGCACGAUUUGACGCUCUCAGGAAAUGAAGAGAUCGACUACCGGCGGCUAUGGCUCUAUCUGGCGACGCACACGUGUCCGAGGUAUGGCAUGAGGGGCCCGUUUAUAGGCGUUGCGAAUCGCAGACGGGUGUGGGAGGCUUGUGAGGGGUUGGUGGAGCCUUAUUGGGAGAGAUUGAGGGCGCCGUUGGGAAAGGGGGUUCGGGGGGUAGGUCAGGAGAUGUUUGAGGGGACUUAUGUCGAUGAGGGGGUGUUUAUGUCGGCGGUUGGGGCACCUCUAUCGUCAAAGGGUGAAGGGAUGGACAACAAAGGAGGUGCUGGCGAUCGGAGUCAAGGGCCCUCACAAUCUGCUCAGCCUUCGGACCUCAUCAAAUGCCAGUUUAUCUCAUCCCUAGACGACAUCAAGACAUGGUCGGCCAUCUUCAUCGCCGGAUGGCACUAUGACGGUAGCUUGGCCUAUUUUGGCGUGCAGUUCCCGGGAGAAGAGGAGCUGCCCUGCCUGCUAAGAAUGAGCAGCUCUCAGAAUGAAUUGUUCGGGGAGGAUCGGAGGCAGCUUUACCCCGGCAACUGGAUCGUGGGGCUGAUUGUGCACAUCUCCAAUCAUACCUUUUUGUAUGAACCCGCGAUUACUAGAUUAGAGGUCAUUCUUGAAUCAGGCGCUCGCCUUCAGUUUCCCGUGGUUAAGAUCCAAUACAAGAAGUUCCAGCACAAUCUUAAGGCUUACCGCCGCGUCUUGUGGCGUGCCGAGGACAGCUUUAUCAUGGGCUUGCAGGCCAGGUUUCGCGAGGGUUGUCCCCUUUCUCAUCUCCUCAUCCUCCUUUCUACUUUUGUGUUAACUCCCUCUCUCUACACCUACCAGGACGGCGCAUUCUCCCACUUAGGCCUCAUACAAAAGUUUCUGAACCUCCCCUCCCCAAACUCGAGCCCCCUGCCUCCCCUCCAAACCCCCUUCUCCCACCGCCUCCUCUGGCACUUCUCAGCCAUCAACGUCAUAGGCCUUUCUCACUACCCCUUCCUAUUCAAUCCCAGCUCACCCGUCCAAUACCAAGUGCUUUCCCAUCCUAAGCUCGAGAAACAAGUCCUCCCCCAAACAGACGAAAAUGGAGAGGAGAUCUUCCCCUCUGUGGCAUACCAACUCCUCUACUGGCUGGGGGGACCGAAAGUCAGCCAUCCGAUGCAGCUUAAUCGGUUGUCUGCUGUUACGAUGACGAGGCACGGGGACGGGGACGGGGACGGAGGUACCUUUCUCUACGCACUUGGGGCAAGAUUGAAGAGACACCCGUUCAGGGAUCCGUACUUCCGCCCAUACAAGAACCGGCGUGAACGAGACCCGUACUCGGACCUGGACCAGUCGGAGGAAGAGGAGGAGACGGAAGAAGAUGGAGAUAAACGAGAUUUCCUCCGCUACAACUACGUAACCCCGAACAGGUUCUUAACUAAAGAAAGACCUUCGACUUGGCAGGCCGAGUGGGAGAAUGAGAAGAGGUAUGUUAAACAGGAGUGGUUCUUCGAUAUUGAUGGGCUGGGAGGGGAGAGGGUUGUGGAGGUGGCUAUUCCAGUCUGUGAUGUGGAUGCCAAUGAGGAGGAGAGGAUUCGGGCUUUGAAGAUCCGCACCAACUUCAACCGCGAAGUCAUCUUCGGCACACCCCCAACCACCACCACCACCAUCUGGUCCUGGUCCUCCUGCUCCCCACCACCAGGCCACUGCAUACUCGGCAUCGCAGCCGGUUUUGAGGUUGAGUCACGACUCGAGAAGGCUUCACCUAUGCUGAGUAUCAUGAUCAUGACGGCGAAAGAACCGGAGGAGGCCUCCAACAAUCUUCUAUUCAGAAAAGCUUUACUAGGCUUCCCGCUUGGCAAUGGGGACGGGCUCAAGUCUUCCAUCAAUCUAAUCAGCAAACGCACGUGA